CGUAGGACAAAAACAAGGAUCAAUUUUUUAUUUUUUUAAGCACUUAAUUGGAUUGGUCCUUAAAUAUUUCUAUGAACAAUAUAAAAAGGAAAAACGCCAAACCAACCACUCGUCGUUCUUCUUUCUGUACACUUUCUCAAACUCCAGAGAGAGGCCCCAUAAGAAUAGGGUUGUUCUUAGUUUUUGAAGUAAAGAGAGAAAAUGGCGAAUUGGGAAUUGAAAAGUUGCUGCAACCAUGACCAAGUCACCUUUCUGGUUACAUGCGGGGUCUUCACUGUUGUCAUUCUUGCUCUAUGGAGGACAGUGCUAUUGACACCUUUUAAGCUUAUUACAGUAUUCUUGCACGAAGCAAGUCAUGCAAUCGCUUGCAAACUUACCUGUGGUAACGUAGUAGGGAUCCAGGUUCAUGCAGAUGAAGGUGGAGUGACACAGACACGAGGUGGUGUAUAUUGGUUGAUCUUGCCUGCUGGAUAUCUUGGCUCAUCAUUUUGGGGGAUGGCUUUAAUACUUGCAUCCACAAAAAUCCUCACUGCAAGAAUAGCUGCUGGUUGUUUUCUUCUUGCCCUGGUUGUUGUGCUCUUUUAUGCUAAAAAUUGGACACUUCGAGGACUUUGCAUUGGAUUUAUUAUCUUUCUUGCUAUAAUUUGGCUUUUGCAAGAAAGGACAAAAGUUCGUAUUCUCCGCUAUGUUAUUCUCUUCAUUGGUGUCAUGAACAGUUUGUUUUCAGUCUAUGAUAUCUAUGAUGAUCUAAUAUCACGAAGAGUCCACUCCAGUGAUGCUGAGAAGUUUGCAGAAAUUUGUCCUUGCCCCUGCAAUGGAGUUGGAUGGGGAUUUAUAUGGGGAAUGAUAUCAUUCUUAUUUCUUGCUGGAUCAAUGUACCUAGCACUUGUCAUCUUAUCUUGAGGUUCAGAGAUUUGGUUUCUUGGUAGAGCAAUAGUACAUUGUUCACCCAUAUUCGGGGGUAUUUGUUCAAUGAUUUAGGGCAUUUUCUUCAGAACAUUGUAAUUUGAUUCAUCCAGCACUGGCAGUACGCUUUGUUGCACUAACAGGCUGGCUUCAUUCUUUUUAACCCUUUUCAUUUGGGGUCAAAUUCAUUUGUGACUACAUUGUAAAGUUAUAUGCGUUUAUUCUUCACUUGGUUUUGAUUGUAAAGUAGCAAAAUUUUUUUUGGUGUGGUUUAAUUUUUAUUUACUGGUAUGUUAUUCACCAUGAUGUCAAGCUACUGCUGCAUGAAAAGAACAUUUCUUUCUCUGAACUUGGAUGCAUGGAUCCUUUUCUGGUUGCAUUUCAAUUAUAAGAAUUCACUACUUUAUAGAAUUAUCCAAGAUUUGAGGAACCAG